AUCACGUCUCGACAAAAUGUUAAGUAUGCUCGUAACUUCAAAAAAUUUAGUGAAACUGACUUUCUCAAUGAUCUCUCACAAAUUCCGUGGGACAAUGUGACAUUUUACGACGAUCCCAAUAUUUCAUAUCAAUUAUGGCGGUCACAUUUUUUGCAAGUAUUGGAUCUGCAUGCGCCGCUGAGGCGUAUGAGAAUUCGCGGCAAUUCUCUCCCAUGGAUUACCUCGAAAGUAAAGGAGUUAAUGCGAGAGAGAGAUUUUCACAAAAAGAAGGCCGUAAAAAAUAAUUCGAACAUGCACUGGAUCAAGUUUAGAGCAAUUAGGAAUAAAAUCAAUUCUGAAUUAAAGAAGGCUAAAAAGAACUACUUUUGCAAUAAAAUCAAAGAUUGUGUCAGGGUAAAGGACCCUAAGCAAAGUUGGAAAUUAAUAAACAAUCUUUUAGGCAAAAAUAAUAAAUCAAAUAAUAUUUCUCAACUUAAAGUUGAAGACGUUAUUAUUUCUGACGACAUAAAGAUAGCCGAGUCCUUUAAUGAUUUUUUUGUGAAUAUCGGAGCUAAACUAGCUAACGAAAUCGAGAUCAAUUCCAUUGAUUUCACUUCAUUACAAAGUGUUCCUUCUAGGCCAGAUAUUCAGUUUAAGUUCUCUGAAAUAAGUACACACGAAGUGUGUCUUCAAUUACGCAAUCUUAAAACAUCAAAAUCAACAGGUAUUGAUACAAUUCCAGCGAGAGCACUUAAAAUUGCUGCUGAAAUAAUUAGUCCGUCACUAACGUGGAUAUUUAAUUUAUCAAUUAAAACUGGAAUUUAUGUGGAAGAAUGGAAAAAGGCUUGGGUUUACCGAUAUAUAAAUCUGAAGACAGACAAAAAUGCGAAAAUUAUCGUCCAAUUUCCAUUCUACCAAUUAUAA